AGGAACAAAUCGAGCUUCUGAAAGAUCACGUGCCAGAAGAGCUUUUGGUAGUCUAUAAGAAGAAUGGUCAGUUUAAUGACGCCGCAAAUACUUACAAUCGCUUGGAAAAUUCAAAGAGAGUAAUUAUACUAGUAGAUACGAUGAAUAUCGAUGAAAGUACCCUAAAAGAAAAAGAACUACAUAAAUUACUUAACGAUGCAUUGGAUGUCACCACGAAAAACAAAUCUCAAUCUUCAAAGAAAUCUGAGAAAUGGCGUAGACUAACGGGAGAGUUCCAGUUAUAUUUAGCUUAUUUGAAGAGUGACCUAAAUGGAGUUCAUAAACGCAUACAAUCUUUCCAGAGGCGUAAUGAUACCAUUGCAGAGUUUCGGGCAUUAAAUAUAUGGUUGAAAAUUCGACCAAAGUCCAUUAAUAUUGAGUAUUGGCAUCUAAUGAGGCUCUGUGAAUUAGCCUAUGAUUUAUAG